GUCACACCGAACACAUCACCGAAAGAAAAAUUCCUACCGACUCUCCAUGUCACGUGAUCCGCGUAUUUAGAGUAAAUCCAAAAGGACGGGCAUAAUGAGUGCUCCGCAGCCUCUGAAGCGAGGAAUCGUAAAACAGGUCCUGUCCGGGGACACAGUAAUAAUCAGGGGUCAACCAAAAGGAGGACCGCCACCAGAGAAGUCAUUGAGCUUCUCGUCAGUGACUGCUCCAAAACUCGCUAGGAGAGCAACUGCAAAUGCCGAAGAAACCCGCGACGAACCAUGGGCCUGGGAGGCUCGCGAGUUUCUGAGGAAAAAACUGGUUGGCGAAGAGGUCUGGUUCACAGCUGAGAAACCUCAAAAUGCCAACCGGGAAUACGGAUGCGUAUUUCUUGGAAAAGAUCCUGCCACUGCCGAAAAUAUCACCGAGCUUCUGGUAAGCGAAGGUCUGGUCACCGUCCGAAGGGAUAAUAAUGCCGAAUUGAACAAAUUGAGAGAGUUGGAGGACGCUGCCAAGGCGGCCGGUAAAGGACGAUGGGGCACCGCCAACCCACAGGAUCAUGUCCGCGACAUCAAAUGGUCCAUUGAGAAUCCCCGCAAUUUUGUAGACAAGUGUGCAGGCAAACCGGUCGAAGCAGUCAUCGAACACGUUCGUGAUGGUUCGACGGUUAGGGCAUUCUUGUUGCCGGACUUUUACCAUGUCACGCUGAUGAUAUCAGGAAUUAGGUGUCCAGGUUUCAAGUUGGACAACGACGGGCGUCCAGACACGUCGGCCGUCGUGCCCUACGCCGAAGAGGCCCGCUACUAUGUCGAAUCCCGCCUUCUACAGAGAGACGUCCAAAUCGUUUUGGAGUCGGUCAACAAUAACAAUUUUGUUGGCACCAUUCUCCAUCCGAAAGGAAACAUCGCGGAGGCGCUGCUUCGGGACGGAUUUGCCAAGUGCGUCGACUGGUCGAUUGCCUUCAUGAAAACCGGUGCUGAUAAGUUACGUGCAGCCGAACGUGAUGCCAAGAACAAGAGGAUACGUGUCUGGAAGGACUACCAGAGUGCUGGUCCAGUGGUCUCUGGUAAAGAACGUGAGUUUGUAGGAACUGUCAUCGAAGUCUUCAACGGUGAUGCUCUCAACCUGAGGUUGAGCAACGGCUCGGUCAAGAAGGUGUUCUUGUCUUCGAUCAGACCACCUAAGGAACCUGGCCGAGUCGCCGACGAAGAAGGUAAGCUGCCCACCCGCCCUAAAAACUUCCGACCCCUGUACGACAUUCCAUGGAUGUACGAGGCUCGUGAGUUUCUUCGAAAGAAGCUCAUCGGCAAGAAGGUCAACGUAACAGUAGAUUACAUACAACCCUCCAGAGACAAUUUCCCAGAGAAGUGCUGCUGUACGGUCACCAUCUCGAACGUCAAUGUCGCCGAAGCGAUGGUCGCCAAAGGGCUUGCAACGGUCGUCAGAUACAGACAAGACGAUGACCAACGAAGCAGUCACUACGAUGACCUUUUGGCAGCCGAAACGAAGGCUAUCAAGAGCCAAAAGGGCGUCCAUGCCAAGAAGGAGUCGUCUGCACAACGUGUCGCCGAUCUCUCUGGGGACCUAACGAAAGCCAAAAAAUACCUGCCUUCAUUGCAACGUGCCCAAAGGACAGAGGCUGUUGUCGAAUUUGUCGCCAGCGGUUCUCGUCUAAGGCUAUAUAUUCCGAAAGAAACCUGCCUCGUCACCUUCCUCUUAGCUGGUAUCUCGUGUCCGAGGGGCGCGCGACCCGGCAUAAACGGAGCGCCUGCCCAAGAAGCGGAGCCCUACGGAGAGGAAGCCCUAUCCUUCACUAAAGAGCGUUGCAUGCAACGUGAGGUUCAAGUUCAAAUCGACAGCAUGGACAAGGCCGGAAACUUUAUCGGAUGGCUUUGGGUCGAUGGACAGAACUUGAGCGUUAUGCUCGUUGAAGAAGGUCUAUCAUCCGUCCACUUCACCGCCGAGCGUUCCCCCGAGCACAUAAGAGCCCUGAAAUCGGCCGAAGACUCCGCCAAGAGCCGCAAACUGAACAUCUGGAAGAACUACGUCGAGCAGGAGCCCGAGGUCGAGGAGCAAGUCGAAAGGAACGAGGAAGACAAGCAAGUCGAUCGUAAGGUGUCCUACGAGGUCAUGGUCACCGAAGUGACGCCCGAAGGAAAGUUCUAUGCCCAGAACUCGGAACAGGGACCCAGACUGGAGGCGCUGAUGGCCAAGAUUCACCAGGAGUUCACCGCUAACCCGCCGCUGGCCGGUGCUUACACGCCUAAGAAGAACGAUUUGUGUGCGGCAAGAUUCACCCAAGACGACCAAUGGUACCGGGCCAAAGUGGAGAAGGUCCAAGGCGGCAACGUCCAUGUCCUCUACAUCGACUACGGUAACCGAGAGGUGAUACCUACAACCCGCUGCGCCACUCUGCCCACUGCCUACGGCUACGACAAGCCAUACGCCUCAGAGUACACUCUCGCCUUGGCGGUGCUGCCUACGGAUCAGGACUAUCAGGAGGAGGCCAUCAAGGCAUUCACCUCGGACGUCUUGAACAAGGAACUGAAUUUGAACGUCGAAUACAGAAUCAGUGGAGCACCCGCCGCAUCUCUGGUCGAUCCUGCAACCGAGCAAGACAUUGCAAAGGGUCUCAUUUCUGAUGGCCUGAUGCUCGUCGAAAAGAGACGGGAGAGAAAAUUGGCGAAAUUGGUUGGUGAGUACCUAUCAGCCCAGGACCAGGCCAAGAAGCUGCACAAUGCCAUCUGGCAAUACGGUGACAUCACCGAAGACGAUGCAAAGGAAUUUGGUGCAGGCCGUUGAAUAAAAAAAAAACAGUGCUUUCCAAGCACAGAGGGAUCACUUGAAUUGUCCAACCGGACAAUUCGAUUUGAAUUCAACUACUAAACUAAACAAGUUUUGUGUUUUAUAAUUAGAAAAGAAAAAAAGGGUAAACUGA